AAAAUUUCUCAACAUCAGGAAGGAAGCACAAACCAUAAUUUUCACACAAACUUUACCAAAAGAUUCCCUUCACUGCUACUAUUCAAAAGUGAUCUUCAGCAAACUCCACUAUUUUCCGAUUCCCCUUUCCUUUCUCUCUCCCUCUCUAAGAAUUUCAAUUACAAUUCACAAUUUGCAGUGAAAUCUCUCCAAUGAAGAGAGAGACAGGAAGAGAGAAUCUCCAGUAAUGGAACAAUUCUGAAAUCUAGGGUUUUUUCCCCCUCUUUUUUUCUUAAAGGGACAGAAGGAGGAGGAUCAUGAAGGUGUUGUUGGGUGGGCCAGGGACGAUAAGCGGGUUCCUGUUGAGGUUAGGACAAUGUGCGUUUGGUGCUGCUUCAAUUGGUGUUAUGGUCACUGCUUUUGGUUUCUCUAGCUACACUGCUUUCUGCUAUUUAACUGCAUCAAUGGGACUUCAAGUCUUCUGGAGCUUUGGACUUGCAUGUCUUGAUAUUUAUGCCUUGAGGAGAAAGAGAGACCUACAAAAUCCAAUUCUGGUCAGCCUGUUUGUUGUAGGCGAUUGGGUAACAGCUACUUUGUCACUGGCAGCAGCAUGCUCAUCAGCAGGAAUUAUUGUUUUAUACGCAAGAGACCUGGAUUUAUGUGCGACUCGUAAGAAUCUCCCUUGCAACAGGUACCAGAUUUCUAUUGCCAUGGCUUUUAUCACCUGGGUUCUUACAGCAAUGUCAUCACAUGUGAUGUUUUGGAUCUUGGCCUCAGUUUAGCUUAACUUAUUUCUGACCACCGUCCACAUAUCAGUAUCUUUGAUAGCUCUUGUAAAUUUUGUUUGAAUGUUACUUGCCAUGACAUAUGGGCAUAAUUUUCCUUCUUGUCCCUGCUCAACAAUGAUUGAUUUUUCUUUCUUCAAUCUUGCCACGCCUCAAUCUAGGUAUAGAUUCUGGUUUAAUCUAGGCCCUUUGAUAUGAUUAUGUUAUCUUUCUUGCUUAUUGUAGCCAAGAUAUAUAUUUAGUAAUUUAGUAGCCUGUAAAACUUGGAAAGCAACUAGAGUCUCAUUCCACUUAUUAUA